AGGACAUUAACUUAUUAUUUCUGGUAGUAGCAUGAACUGUUAUCUUCACAUUUGUGGUAAAUGGAAGAAUUUUAUGGUUGCCAAUUCAUUAUUUUAAGUUAGGAGAAGGAAUUAACUAUUGUGAUGCUGGUAAAGGUGAUCUCAUUUUGUCUGCUGACUAGUUCUCAAUCCAACUAUAAUAGUAGAAAAUUUAGAUACACUCAUCUUGUGAUUCACUAAAGUUAUUAAAAACUAUAGGCCAAAUAUUAAAAGAUGAAUAAAGGACUAGAUCCAUGACACAUAGAGAUACUGUUUGCAGUCUUUAAAGAUUACUUCGUAGACAAUAGAAGCUUAAUAGUGUUCUCCGCCAGCAAAGAGAAUCUUGCUGAUCCUACAUUGUUUGUUCAGACGAGGUCUAAGGGAGCAUAAAAAGAGUAAUUCUGUCCUAAAUUGCUUACAUUUAGAGUCCUUGAGUUGGCUAUGGCAACCAGCAAUGUAAAGCUUCUGGGAAGAAACGGAUGCCCUUUUGUGAAUCGGGUUCAAAUGGCCCUUAACUUGAAGUCCAUCGACCAUGAAUUCAUCGAAGAGAAUCCUUUCAAGAAAAGUGAGCUUCUCCUCAAAUCAAAUCCUGUUAGUAAGAAAGUCCCAGUUCUCUUCCACGCUGAAAAGACUAUAUGUGAGUCUCUCCUCAUCGUGCAAUACAUCGAUGAAGCUUGGCCUAAUGGUCCCACCAUACUUCCUUCUGAUCCUUAUGAACGUGCCACUGCCCGGUUUUGGGCAGCCUAUAUUGAUGAAAAAUGGUUUCCAUUAACAGCAGAGUAUAGGAAAGCAGAAGGAGAAGAAGCAAAGGCAGCAGUGAGAGACAAAGUGAUUGAAGGGACAUUGCUGCUAGAGGAAGCUUUCAUCAAAUGCAGCAAAGGCAAAUCUUUCUAUGGUGGAGAUAACAUUGGUUACAUUGACAUUGUUCUUGGGAGCUUAUUGGGAUGGCUUAAAGCAGAAGAAAUUUUGACUUCCACAAAAAUAUUUGAUGAAACCAAGAUUCUGAAAUUAGUCGCAUGGGCUGAGAGAUUUUGUGCAGACAAAACAGUGAAGGAUUUCAUCCCGGAAUCUGAGAAACUUGCUGAAGGUUUCAAGAAGUUUGAGAAACUAAAAGCUGCCUCAAACUCAAAUUAGGGGUUGCUUUUAAUGGAGUUAGUAUGUGUAGAAACUUGAUCCUGCUUCUAUGAAUGUACGUUGAAUGUAAUGGCCAAUGCAAAAAGGUUUUACAGGAUAUAAUUCAACAAAUAAUAAGUGAUUGUUACUCUCAUGAAUGGACUAAAUGAGAUUGUUUAAUAUCUUUUUAGUACUGACAUGUUUAAAGCAACUUUAUCAAGCCCCAACUUAACCCAAUUCCACAGGCUUAGAUUGCGGCC